AUGUUACCAGAGUUUUCCAUUUAAGCUGUUAAAUUGUAAGCCAACUCUAGACAACCUAAACCAGUAAAGUAUGUACCCCCUAAGCCUAAGAGUCCUGCUUAAAAAAGGAGCUCAUCAUAGCAAAAACCCAUAACAAAAGCCAAAACAUCAACAGAUAGACUUACUAGGAAAGGUUCGGAGGAUUUCUAAGAACCCCAAUAACAAUAAUAAGUGGUCACUAUUGAAGCCCCAUAAUAAAAGAUUAUUGUGAAUAUGGAUGAAAGAUACCAAUAUUAUGAGAAUGAAGCAAAGAAGCGAUAAAAUGUCAUUGAUGUCUGUGACGGGGUGCAAUUUUAUAAGCCAGUCAAACCAGAUGAAAUGCCUAAGCCUCCUAAACCUAAAAAGUAAACAUCUAAAAUUGAAAAUGCUAAAUAAGUUUCACGAACAGAGAAAUCAGAAAAACAAUCAGUUUCCUCUGAUUUACAACACUCUCUACAUUAAUCGAGAUCUCUUUAUAAUCAAACAACUUCAAGAGAGCAGCAAUAAUCAACCUCUACUUUAAUUGAAGAAUGCUAAACACAAUAGAUAGCUGUGGAUCCAAAUUUCUUAGUUUAGGGAGAAGUCGAUGGUUAUUAAAUCGAUGAAAGUUAAUCCUAAAUGUUUGGUUUUGGAUUGACUGAUUAUAUUAAAAAUAAUAACCACAAAAAAGAACUUGGAGAGAAGGAUGUAACUAAUGAAGUUAAACCCUAAUCAGAAUCUGUUUAUACAUAUUAUGAUUACUAUCCUCCUAAUGCAAAUGGAGAAAUUCCAAAACCAUUAUUGGAGAGUGUGAAUUAUAUGAAUUACUUAAAAGAGUAAUAAGCCUUAUAAGCUCAACAAGCCUAGGAAGCACAAUAAUAGCAAUAGUAAUAAUAGUAAUAAUAGUAAUAAUAAUAAUAAUUCAAAAGUAAAUGAAUACAAAUUUAACUUUUAAAUUUUACAUACUUUUCUUUAA